AUGAAUGCUUCUCUUCAUGUUCAAGUUAUGAUUUGUUACGAUCGAGAACAUCUUGAAUCUGCUCGUAUUCUCAUGUUACAAGAUGCUGAAUUGAUCCGAAUUCCAAACGCUUGUUUCCUUGAUCCCAUUCGUCUUGCCGAAUUGGAAGUUCGAGCAUUUGAAAAUGUUCUCGUCACCGCCAUGGCUAAUUAUCCCGCUCCGCCCCGCUCUACAACGGAAUGA